AUGGAAACGCUGUCGCGCAGGAAAGGGCGGCCAGCGGCGCCAAUCCAGGUCUUGACGGACGACAGAUUGACGCUAUCUUUUAAAGUGCCUUCGUCCAUCAAGCUCCCACAAUCUACCUCCAUCCUUCGCGUGGUGGUUCCUCCCGUCGAAGCGCUUGAUGAGAGUGGAGAAGGUCGCGUUGAUGACGACGACGAGGACGACUGGGAAUGCAAAACUGACUUUAAGAUCGACUUGAACGGUCCACUGUUGCGCGACGACGAUUGCAACAGCGACUGGGAAGGAGAAGACGAAGUGGAGUCGUUUCCAGAUGACUUUCCCAUCUUGCUGGUCAACUUGUCCAAACUCAGCGUCGAACACAUGGGCGUGGAGUUGACCACGAACGAGGAUGCGUCUCGCAUCUCGGACACCAUGCAGGACAUCUUUGCGUCGCCCAAGUUCUCUUACGUCCUGGAAGUGCUCCUCGAACAAGAAACGGCGUAUCAUGCCACGUAUGGCGGGUACAAGGCCCGCCUGGCCCAACUGACCAAAGUCGGCAGCGACGUGUGGGCCGCGAUCGAUUACCCCGCUCUGGUUGACGAUGACAUUCCUUUGAGCGAUAUUUUGUCCGUGCUGCGUCGCCCGACCAAGUGGAGGAGCGUCAACUACAUCAAGGAUUGCAUGGCGCAGACGUCUCGCGACAUCAAAUGGAAGGCGCAGGUGAUUGCAGAGCUGGAAAAGCUCGCCGAGACCGAGGACGCGGCGCGAAACGCCCGCCAGGAAGCGCUUCGUGUGGACAUUGAACAGCUUGCUGCGGCCAGGGACGCGUACGAUCGCAAACUGGACAGUUUGGACGGACUCCACGACACCAAGUCGGUCAUGGCGCGACGAUUUGCGACCAGUCGAUUGGAGGAAACCAAUGCGUCGCUGUCUCGGCUGGUAGACGCGUAUGUGGCCACAAGCGCGCCGUCGACUUCGUCUGCAUCGGAGAGGCGGAGCGACGUCGAAGUGCCGUCGGGCCAAGCGAUGCAAGAGAUGAAUGUGGUCGACAUGGUGGUGUCCAUGAUCUUCAGCCGCCUGCCUCGACACCCGUCCACGUCCAUGGAGUCCCACUACAAGUCGCUGAUGGAUUCCCAUGCUCACAUUCGCAUGCUGUGGGUCGACGACUUUGGCCGGCUGCCGCCCAAGUCGCGCCCCGUAGUGGACGAUGACGAUUCUUCUCAAGGUCAUGAAGAAGUAGCUGUGGCUUCGUUUCCACCAGUGACGUCCUCGGAUACCUUAGCAGAGAAGGUCGAACCACCCAGACCAGAUUCCAAGAGCGAAAACAUGGAUGUCAAAGUGUCAAGUGCGGACAGCGAAGACCCUGCCGUGAUUUCAAGGACCAGUCAAAGGCGGUCGAAACAAGUACCCAAGAAACCCUCGUCCAGAAGCACGAAAUCAUCUUCAACCAAGUCUACGUUUCGUCCGAUGGCAUGUGUGGGCGCGCUGUCGUUGUUGCAAGCGUCAAAUGACGACGACUCGCACUACUUGUUUGAAUAAAGUGUACGCAACAGUGUGGCUGGGGUCAUGCUUGCUUUUUGGUCUUGCGGUGGAUAAACCCGUGGGUUUCCAGCACUUGGCGGGCGCAGUUGGCGAUAUGUUUGAAUCGAUCAGGUCCCAAGAGGAUGCCGCCGUACCAUCGGCUCACGACCACCGCCUACAGCCCAAAGUCGAUCAUGUAUAUACAUUACAGAGACGAAUGAAUACCCACCACGUUUUC